UUUUAGACUAGCUCGGACUGAUCGACUCAGGUCUAUGGUUAGUUUUGGUUGAUUUUGGGUAAGAUUAUCCUUUUAAACACUCUCAAUUUCAAUUAAGGUCUUCAAAAUUGAGUUCUAUUUCUAAAUUUUUAUGGAUUCUUUAGACUUCGAGUAAGUUGAUAUUUGCCCAAGUGGAUUUAUGAUGGAGAAUUGUAGGAUAGUCAAUCGAGGUAACUAGCUUCCACAUCCUAUCCAAAAUAUGAAUUUGACUAUUGCGGUUUGGUGAAUGUUUGAAAAUAUGUUUGGAAGUAUGUUUUGUAUUUUUUGAAACCGUUUGAAAUUGUUUUGGAUGUAUUAAAUGUUUUGUAUUAUCUAUUUUUUAAAAUAAAACUUUACCCAAUUUACCCUUUGCACACCGAAUCUGAGUUAUAGCUGCCGCUGCACUAACUACAUGUCAUCCUCGUGGCCGAUCAGAACCUCACCAGUGAUUGGCUUUUACUAGAUCGUGUCGCCUUAACCUUGAAUUUGGGGGACAAAUUGAAGUGGGGAAAGCGUGUAAUCCCGAGGGAUUGAGCCAUUGAUAGUCAAUCUUUUGUUUCUCCAGUGGAGCCUUGGUCGUGAAUGGCUUUUAUCAAAGAUUGAUUAUAUUUACAGUUCGGCUUCAUGCUUUUUUCGUCUCUGAGAGCAAGCACUACAAUAAAUAUGCAUUUCUUCCAACGGAGCUUUGCCACUGCUGCAUCCCUUAUUGUUCCUAUGCAACCUCCAUCUAAAAUGGAAACCCAUAUCUGGUAUAUCGUACCUGAUGAAGUAAAGAGUAAACAUCUUCAGAAACACUAUUUAAAUUUAUUAUCACCAAAUGAAAAGGAGAGUGUUAUGAAAAUACAAGAAGAGGAGCUUCAAAAAAGAGCCUUGCUAGCUCGUGCUUUGGUACGAUCGACCAUUUCAAGAUAUGCGACACAAUUUCAAAUUGAUCCACAAGCGUUGAAGUUCAAAAAGAAUAUGUUUGGGAAGCCUGAGUUAGAUUUUCAGAACAGCAGUCAACUAUGUCUACCGCCGUUGCAAUUCAACAUCUCACAUUCUUCAUCCUUGAUAGCAUGUGGAGUGACUAUGCAUUCUCCAAUUGGUAUAGAUGUGGAAGCGAAGACACGAAAAAUAAAGAACAACAUCAUAGCUUUUGCUAAACGUUUCUUUUCUCCAAAUGAAAUAGAAUUUCUAUCUGCUAUUUCAGAUCCUGAAAGUCAGCGGCAGGAAUUCAUAAAAUUAUGGACUCUAAAGGAGGCAUAUGUUAAAGCGUUGGGUAGGGGCUUCUCGGCUACUCCAUUCAACACUUUCACUAUUCAGUUUAAUAAAACUGCCAGAGGUUCAUGUCUUCCUGGGUGUAAAACUUCUGAGGAGGCUUAUGAAAUAAGCGUAGAGUCUUGUGAUGAUUUGGAGAACUGCUCGAGGAGUAUGACUUUUGCGCUGAUGGAGCUGUCUGGUUCUCAUUAUGCUGCUGUUUGCAUGGAAAAAGACACAAGCUUUAGAGGGAGUCUUCCCAUGAAGUUAAAUGUGUGGAGAACAAUUCCAUAUGUGGAAGAUGAAUGUGUUUCUGGAACUGAGGCUGCUCUACCGAUCAAUGGGUUUGCUCAAGCGAAUGUGAAGUCUUCCAAAACUUAAAAAAUUACAAAUAUUGAAGUUCUACUAAACAUUUCUUUGUUGAGUAUACAUCCCUAGAAAUGUCUCAGAAAUACUCCCUCAGGAAAGUUGGUAGUUACUCUCCGAAAUCUCAGGUUCAAAUUCCUAGUUAAUGUUAAGGGUAGGUUAUGAACAUACUGUGAAUGUGGUUGCAACACUUUAGAAAUGUUGUUUGAAGUUAUGAGUUGUAAAUUACUCGUGUUGAGAAAAUCUAUGUAAAUUUGAUUUACUGUUGAGAAAAAUUCUCAACAAUGAAAUGGAAAAAGAAAAUAUCUGGGGAAGCAAAUCAAUUUUUCAAUCUUUUUAAA